AUUCUCAAGUUUAGUCUAAAAAAUGAUAAUAUUAUUAGAAGUAACUCAUCUUAGACAUUUCCCAAAAUUUUCCAUUUUACAGUUGAUGACUCGACUUCAACUGUUUCUCGUACCAAAGAAGCACCAGGAAGAUCUUCCAUAUCUACGUCAUGUUCAACUCUAUCGUGUACAUAUUUUCACAGUAAUUCAAGUUAUAUGUCUUGCAGUACUUGUGAUUGUGAAGAGUAUAAAGUCUAUAUCCAUUGCUUUUCCUUUAAUGGUCUUGGCUACAUGUGCUGUAAGGAAGAUAUUAGAUUUUGUUUUUACUCAAAGAGAACUGAAAUGGUUGGAUGACAUCUUACCGGGAAAACAUCAAGAGAAACCUAAAGAGAAAGAAGAAUCUCAACCAAAAGAUAUGCCGACAGAGCUUGAAGAAGAUGAACAUUCUACUAAUAAAAAGGCUAUCUUCUAUAUAUCCAGUGACAAUACUAAGUUAUGAGUUGAUCUACAAAACUUCUUGUAAUAUAUUUAGACUGCUUACAUCUUGAAAAUUUCGGAUUCAAGAAAUUACUACCACUGCUAUCACCACCAAGACUGAUGUUUAGUGGAAAGGGUUUCUUAACUCUGUAAUAGUACAGUUUAUAUAGAUUUUAAAAAUAUUUCAAUAUUCCUGAUCUUCCUUUUAAUAAGUAUGUUUAAACUAUUACACUUACUGAUUUUAAACUGUUUAAUGGUAUAACUGUUUGAAAAAGAUUUUGUAAUUGCUUUGUCAGAACAGGAAAGGUAGCACCUGUUACCUUUUAUAAGACCUUUGAGACUGGUUAAAAGGGGAAGAAGGCAUUAUCAUGAAGCUAGAGGCCUGAUGGCCUGACCAGGGUACUUGUUACAAAGUGUACUCCAAUGGCUACAUUGUGCUGUUAAACUGGACAAUAAAUUGCAGGAUGCAACUGUUUUACAAAUGUAAAUGUUUUAAAAUGCUUAAGCGAGCAAUGUAAAUAAUUUAAACUAUUUAAUUAGAUAUGUAAUUAUUUCAAACUCUUUAAUUAGUCUUGUUUUAAACUAUUUAAUUAGAUAAGGGAUCAUUUUAUUCUAUACAUCUUAAAAAAAUAUGUGCAUAAACCAUUCUGUGUGCUUAUGAGUGUGCAUGUAUAUGUACAUGCGGAUGUGUAUAUAUGUGCAUGUAUGUACAUAUGUAUGUAUGUAUAUAUAUAUAUAUAUAUAUAUAUCAGAUUAUACAGGAAGUUGUGUUUGAUUUUUAGUAUUUAUAAGUACAAAUCUAACUCUAUCAGCCUUGGCUAAGAGGAUAUAAUCCAUGUCUGAUCACAGCUAAUGCUCUGUAAAAUGCACAUUCUAUGAAAAGAAAAGUUUUAUUGAAAGUACUUUGAGAAAAAUAUAUAAAUAUUUAGAUUCUCCCUUAAGAUCUGAAAACUAAUUCUGAAAAACACCUUUUCUCCAAGUAGACAUUUCUAAGAAAAGUAAUACCACUGUGACAGGUGAUCUUUAUUUUGAAUGAUUGAUAUUCUUAGUUCGAUCUGGUUAUAACAUAGGUCUCCCUAUCUCCACUAUAUCAAUAAUCUGGAAGAGUGUCAAGUUUGCAAUUCUCAAUAUGCCUAGAAAUUGGCCAAAAAAUGGUUCAUCCUCAACAUAAUUUCAUCAAUUUUCUGUCACUUUUAUCGAUCUAUUUGCAAGUUUUGAUGCUUGAUUUAAAAAUAGUUUUGAAUGAAAAUAUAGUUAAUUCAUUAGCUAUACCUUCCUUGCUUACCAUAAUUUUCCUUUCUGAUUGGUCUUAACCUUUUUUCCCUAUAUAACAAGCUCACAUUUUUAGUUACUGGCAUAGUGUGAAGCUGUGUUAUCUUGAUGAAAGAGAACCCUUUUUUGGUUUACUGUGAUAAGAACAAUUCAUUUCAUAUCCCAACAGCACUCAAUAGAUGUGGUACAGAUUUCUUAUUUGGGCUUAGACACUGUCUGCAGCACUAAUUACUGUAAAAAAUCCACUUCUCAUCUCCAGUUAUGACCCAAUUUUAAAAUGAUGUUUAGUGGUUGCAUAUAUAUAGUAAUUCACAGCAGUCAAGUUUCUGUCAACUUUUUGCUGCUGAAAGAGAACAAGAAACUCAUUUUUGAAACUUUGAAACUUUUCCAGACUUCUUCAAAUGAUAAUGAAUGAGCAUAGAGCUAACAUGAAAUUUAGAAAUUGCCCUCACUGUUGUGUUGCUCCUAGCAUUUUGUAAUCCAAUUCAGAAGGAUAUGCUAAUUUAAUCUUAUCAAGCAAACUGAAAGUGCCAUGUUUUACAAUUGACCUUUCCAUAGUUCUUACAUUCAUUGCAUGUUGGCUAUAAAGCUUUUGAAUAUUUUUGCCUAUUUCAUUUGCCUUAGAACCUCACUGACAGUUGUAAAAGUAUAAUGUCACAACUAUGAACUUUGUUUUGAUUCAAUGAUGUGUUCUUUACAUUUCAAAUCAAUACUAUAAUGGGAUUAUUGCACUACAAGAAUUCAUGAA